AUGGAAUACAAGGCAGGGGAAAGAAUUCAGUUGGUAGUAGAUUUGAACUCCUUCAACUUAAAUCAUCCAACGGAGAACAGAGGGGUCGCUGAGAAUCCUACAGGAGAAAACUUGGAUAACACACACUCUACAUGCAAUAAGAAAGCUGAAGGAAAAGAUCAGGAGACGGCUGUAUAUGCUAAAUGUACAUCAGCUGAGAGAAAGAACCUUUGGUACAGCCUGGAGAAAGAUAACCUUAGCAUUGAUGGUCCAUGGUGCAUUGGGGGUGACUUCAAUGUGAUUAUUGAUCCCGAUGAAAAGCUAGGAGGAAAUCCUCACAGAGUUCACAGAAGUUUGGAUUUAAGUAAUUGUAUGAAUAAUUAUGCGGUUACAGACCUGGGUUACACUGGCCCCAAGUUCACCUGGUGUAAUAAUUGGAGGCUUAGCAAGAGAGUCUGUAAAAGGCUUGAUAGAAUUUUUGUAAAUGACUCGUGGAUUCAAAAAUUCCAGCAUAGCACUGUUAAGCACCUAGUGAGAACUGGUUCGGAUCAUAGACCUUUAUUCAUGAAGUGUUUUAACACCAACCACACUCACAUUAUUUACUUCAGGUUUCUGGAUUUCUGGGUUAGUCAAAAAGAUUUUAUGGACAUUGUCAAGGAAGUUUGGAACGUAAACAUUACUGGUAACUCAAUGUGGAUCCUCCAAUCUAAAUUAAACAAUCUUAGUAACAUGCUAAGUAAGUGGUCUAGACAGGAGAUUGGAGACAUCAAUGACCAAGAGAGUAGAUGGGAAGACAAAAUUCAACUUCUUGAAAACAUUGACAUCGAUAUCAACAGUGAAGAUAGCAGGGCAGAUGUUAACAAAGCGCAUGCUGAAUAUAUAAAAUGGCUGAGUAUGCAGGAGUCUCUACUCAAACAGAAGACUCAAACCAAAUGGUUUCAAGAUGGAGAUAGUAAUACAAGGUAA